GGAAGUCACGGAGGCGCGCCAAGCGGGCCGAUUAUUGUUUUGUCUAGCUUAUUAAUUUAAACCAUAUGUUUUUUGAGGUAACCACGUCGUUGUCUAGCUUUAUUUAAAAUCCGCAUCUCAUGGAUAUUGAGGUCGAUAUAAUUGAUUUUAAAGUCCCUCUCGAAAACGACAAAACUAUUUUCGUUUGGGACAUUCAGCCAACAUUUUCAGAGGCUUACAUAUAUGAGUCCCUGUGGAGUGUGUAUUCAUCGUUUGGAGCUCUUUACCUGUUGAAGGUCGGCCCCAAUGCCAUGGUGGCAGAACCCGGGUUCUACGCCAUGGUGAAGUUCUACUCAUCAGCACAGGCGUCUAAAGCUCAACGGGCCACUGAUAAACAGCAUCUUUUCCAAAGUUCUCCUUUAAAGGUCAAAUUAAGCACAAAGCAGAAUAUGUCCUUCUACAGCACUAGACCUCUCAGCUUUUCCAAAUGUCAAAAUCUGGCUAAUCACUAUCUGGGCUUUGGCGGCUGGUCCACUCGGAUUAUUACUUUGAAGGACAUCUCAAGAUGCGUGGACGCAGCGUGCCAAGAAGAAACAGAUGACCAGAGUGUGCUUUUGAAAUAUGGCUGCAUUGCAGAGUUGACCUUCCAACAGCAUGGGAUCGGCUGCCGGGGGGUCGGUGUGGCAGAAGAGAUCUUUGACAACGAUCAAGAUCCAGAGGAAAAGCUGAGAAAAAGAGGAAUGCUAAUGAAACGUGACAAAGACAAAGCUGUUGUGACUGCCUUUGAAAAAGUGCUUCUCAUGGUCUUGGGAAACGGGAAAGUAGCAAUUGAGAUCAAGUAUGAUCCAGAUGAGAUCCUUCCAGAAGAGGACUCAGAGGGAGUCAUAAAAGUGAACGACCUCUCCUGGGAUGAGUUUAAAGAUGCUGACAGUAACACCGAGGAGGAUUUCCAGUGGGACCUCACAGUGGACCUCCCCCGCUGACACUCGCCCGACUUUCUCAGCCCACGCAGUUGCCAAUGUCUUCCAGAUAAGUGACCACGGAAAAUGAGAUUUUUCUCUUUAAUGUUAGGUGUUGACCUUAAUGUGUGCAGCAUUACGGUCAUCCUCUGUGUGUUAACCUCUCAAUUUCAGCAACCGACCACAGAUUCCUCUUCUCUAUUUCCAUAGCAAUUCUCUGUUUUUUUAUGUGGCUGAUACUACCUUGACCACACAGGUCGAGGAUUGAAGGUCAGAUCAGAUGCCAUGUUAUUUUAUAAGAAUCCAGAAUGCAUCCACCUCUAAAAUCUCUUGUGUACUUAACACGAUUAACCUCUUUGUUUGACAUAUUUGUAAGAAUACAUUAAGGGUUUUUGUGCAUUGUGUAAAAUAAAAUAUGUUUGUAGCGAUG